AUGAAUCCAGAACCUGUCAAUGGGGUUUAUGAGCCGAAUGUUGCGAAUUUGAACAUGUGUGAGGGACAAACAACCAACUCGACGUCAUCUAUAUCUUCAUCCACAGCCACUGUCAACUCGGAGCCAAAUACGGCGAGAUUGCAUUCAUGGGUUAGACUGAAUGUUGGUGGCAAAGUAAGUUUUAGAAUUUUUGAUUUUUCAUGUUUAGGGUGGGGUGGCAUUUGGCAAAUGGGUCUUUACGGUUUGCAAGAAGUGAUUAUUUCAAAGUUGGCAGAUUUUUCGGAAGCGUUUGUUUCUACUAAUCAAAAUUUUAAUAAUUACGUUGAUAAGUUUGUUAAUUUUGUUGUUUUAGGUGUUCAUGACCACUCGCCAGACCUUAUGUAGAGAACCAAAUUCAUUUCUUGCCAGAUUAUGUCAAAACGACGAGUUAUUAACGAGUGAAAAGGAUGAAACUGGUGCUUUUUUAAUUGACCGAGACGCAGAGUACUUCUCCUCGGUCUUGAAUUUCCUUAGGCAUGGUAAAUUGAUCUUGGAUAAAGGGCUGUCAGAAGAAGGUAAUUUUUAAAAUUGUUCAUUGGUUUUUAGAUACAGCACUGUUGCCAUAACUCCUUCUUUACUUGCAUUGCUUCAGUUUCAUAAUUUGGUUGUUUUAGGUCUGAUAGAAGAAGCAGAAUUCUACAACAUUCCUCAUUUGAUAUCUCUAUGUCAAGAACGUCUUAUUGAGAGAUCAAAAAAAUUAACGAAACACGUGUACAGGGUCUUGCAAUGUCAUGAAGAUGAGGUCACUAAUGUGGUCUCGGCAAUGUCGGAUGGUUGGAAGUUCGAACAGGUAAUUUAUUUUUAUUUUAUCUUUUUAGGUAACAAAUCUUUUUUCAAAUUUCUUUGUUAUGGAUAAAAGCGAUGCAAUUACAUAUUGUUUGUUUUCAGCUGGUCCCAAUCAGCCACUUCCACACCAGUGAUAACCACGAAUAUCUUUGUGUGGUCUCCCGAGAAUAUCCGGAUGCUGUUCCGCACUGUGCAACCAUCGAAACGGAUCGAGCGCAAUUUCUACAGAAGAAGGCUAUGCGUAAGUUUUGGUUACUUUUCAAGGAGACAUUUUUUAUUACAUUGUUCUGUUCUACAAAGAAGUUUUAUGUUUUCAGAGAACUGA